AUGGGUGCCGACGAACCCUCAAAAACUACUUACGAUGUCGGGACCACCAAGAAGGAGGGUCUCGACGUCGAAGCUGGUUCUGCGCCGCCCCCAGCCUACGUGGACGAUGGCCAAAUCCACAGGUACGAAGAGGAGGACGUUUGGACUCGGAAUGGUCUGACCUGGAAGUCCUUCCAGCGCCGUCCUGAGUCCCAUGUUGAGCUCAAUCGUACGAUGAAAACGCGCCAUAUGCACAUGAUUGCCAUUGGGGGCUCCAUUGGUAUGCGUCUCCAGCAAUACAAUCAACCCUAUAACCUAGCCUAUCUCGCUGACAGCUCAGUCUACGCUCUUGGUGAACUCGCUGUCAUGUACCCUAUCUCUGGUGGUUUUUACACUUACUCAACCCGCUUCAUUGAUCCCUCGUGGGGCUUCGCCAUGGGCUGGAACUACGUUUUUCAAUGGGCUGUUGUCGUACCGUUGGAAUUGACCGUCGCUGGUCUCACAAUUGAUUACUGGCAAGUUGAUGUCAGCGUCGCCGUAUGGAUUACCGUUUUCAUGGUCGCGAUCAUCAUCGUCAAUAUCUUUGGUGGUCUCGGCUAUGCGGAAGAAGAAUUCUGGUCCUCGUGCUUGAAGCUCGGUGCCAUUAUCGUCUUCAUGAUCAUUGCUCUGAUCCUCGUCUGCGGCGGUGGUCCGUCGGACGGUCGGUACGGUGAGUACUGGGGUGCGCGCACUUGGUAUAACCCUGGUGCUUUCCGCAAUGGUUUCAAGGGGUUUUGCUCCGUGUUUGUCACCGCGGCCUUCUCCUUCAGUGGAACGGAACUUGUUGGCCUGGCUGCUGCUGAGUCCAAAACUCCCACCAAGUCUCUUCCCGGUGCCAUCAAACAGGUCUUUUGGCGUAUCACCCUGUUCUACAUUGUCGGAUUAUUGUUUGUCGGUCUUUUGGUUCGCUCCGACGACGACCGUCUCCUCGGCAGCGGUCUCAUUGACGUCCAAGCAUCCCCCUUUGUGCUCAUUGCCGCAUAUGGUGGACUCAAUGGUUACGACCACUUCAUGAACGUUAUAAUCCUCAUCUCCGUCCUGUCUAUCGGUGUCUCUGGUGUUUACGGUGGCUCGCGUACCCUCACAGCGCUCGCCCAACAGGGUUAUGCUCCUAAAAUUUUCGCCUACAUUGAUCGCUCAGGUCGCCCUCUUGUGUCUGUAUCGACCCUCAUCCUCUUUGGUGUUCUCGGAUACGUCAACGUCAGUUCCUCGGGUGAGGAAGUCUUCGCUUGGCUCCAGGCUCUGUCCGGUCUAGCUGCUCUCUUCACCUGGGGCUCCAUCUGUUUGGCACACGUCCGAUUCCGCAGGGCAUGGGCUCACAACGGCCGCACCCUCGACGAGAUCCCCUUCAAGGCCUUCGGUGGUGUCUACGGAUCGUAUCUCGGCCUUUUCCUCGUCUUCAUUGUUUUGGUCGCUCAGUUCUUUGUCGCCGUUGCACCCCCUGGUGGUGGCCCCAACGGCACCUACAAUGAUGCCAAGGGCUUCUUCAAGAGUUACCUAGCGCUUCCUGUUGUCCUCUUCUUCUGGGCCUGCGGUUAUCUCUGGAAGCGCGAGGGGUGGCUCCGCACCCACCAAAUCGACAUCGACAGUGGUCGUCGCGAGGUCGACUGGGAGUACAUCAACGCUGAGCGUGCCAAAUAUGCCGCUUUGCCCCUCUGGAGGCGUAUGCUCAGCAUCGCCUUCUAG